AUGCUUCGUUUAUCAUCUCCACUCCAAUUACAACAAGUUUGGGAACGACCCAAAGCAUCACCACCACCCUCUUCUCCUGUACGCUAUACGGAUGAACAAGAUGACCAAGAGGACGCCGAAGCCAAGCAAUAUGCAUCCUCUAUAGUAUCAAAUGCAGUAUCCGAAACACAUUGUUCCGUGGUUGGAAGCAUCGAAAUCCCCAUUCCUCCUCCGCGACCCGCACCUAUGGUGCCACCCAAAGAUCCUCAUUAUCAACAACGUCCAUCUACUCGUUCAACGAGCCAUCAUAGCAGCUGCAAUAGCAGUGCCAUCACCCAUAACAGCAGCCGGUCUGUCGAUAAUACCCAACAACAACAAGAAGGCGAACGACGUCAAAGUAGCUUUGUGCCACCUGUGAUGCAUGACAGCUCAUCGGCUGACGGGACAACCUCUUUUUGCUCAUCUUCUAACAUGCCCCCAACUCCAACAUCUGCUAUGCAUUCCAAAUCCAAAGAUUGUUUAUCAUCAGGCAUUCCACCACCACCACCUAUACCCAACAUGGAAAGCACAAUCUCUUCUUCAAGAGAAGAUGGUGGAAGCUUGAGACGCGCAGCUUCACGACUCUCACUCAAGCGACGUGGUUUCUCCAAGAAAAUCAAAAAGGUGCUUUCAUUUCACAAGAAACGACAAUCCACAGUUUUAUAA